AUGGACUCAAAGGUGAAGAAGGAAGAGCAAGACCCUACGUCUUCACUAGACCGAAUUCCAUCCAUUCCCCCAGAGGGAAAGCCUCAAGGGAAGAGCCUCACCGCUUCUGACACUCCUCCCACGCAUCAGCAAUCCCAGGCAAACCAUUGCUCCGGCAAGAAGGAUGCCUCAAAGAUCAUCCGCGGAAAGAACAAGACGAUCAACAAACAGCGAAGAAAGAUCAAGCAGCUCGGAAGAAAGCUCGAGGAGGUCAAGAAAUACCGUCCAGCGGGACAAGACGCAAGAAACGCACGCCUUCGAGCGGAGCUCGACAGACUCAACAAUGAGUUGACAUCGAAAGAGGAGAAAAUGAGAGGUGAUCAGGAGUACGAGUCAUAUCUUGAGACAUCUAUCAGCUAUUAUCGUGGAUUGCUUGACGAAGCCGACGAAAAGCACCUGCAGGAAGCUCAGAGAACUCAGGAUCUGGAGGAACAAAUUUCGCAACAGGAGGCAGGAUACCAAGGGGCAAUUCAGAAGCUCCGGGCAGACAUCUUGAAUCUCCAGAAUAACAACAAGAAGCUCAAGUCCCAGCUGAUGGAAAAGAAGGCGCUCAUCGCAAAGGCCAAGUCGCUCGCAAGCACAAGCAAGGUCUCAGACGACGCGAUUCUGAGUCUUUGGAAGAAGAUGAAGUACAGCAUCCAAAACAUAGCCUCUACGAUCCUUACGGAGUGUCCUUCAUGGGAAGAGAUUGAAGCCAACAUCAAAGCCCCAGGUUGCUUGCUCAGCAUAUUGAGUAAACGCAUUUAUGGCUUUCUCCAAGACGAAGACACAAGAUCCAGUGUUGUCGAGCUACUCAUCUGGGACAUGCUCUUGCGAGAAGUCUUCAAGCCAUUCUCGCAGACGCUCUCAGGCGUGUGCUGGGGCGGUCUAGAGGGCGAAUGCUUCUCUAUCAUGGUGGAGGGAAUGGCAGGCAAUGCCUUGAAGAAGGGCGCAGACGCUAGAUCGUUCUUCAAGUGGAAAGCUGAAGGAGGCAGAAUGAUUGACGAUAUGAUCGGAGUCGACAAACAGAAGCUUAAGCAAGUUGCCGACGACCAUGCUGCAAUCUUCUACCUUUUUGUGCCUCGAUACGGAGCUCACCAAAAUAACGCUAUGGACAGACUCUUCAAGAACCUUUGCAAGGUCAUCGAAGAUGCACUGACUCUUCAUGGCAUCUUCAUGGCGUCCAAGGCACAUUUCAUGCUAGACCGGCCCCACGCUCCAAGUCGUGGCCGCCUCACCCGUUACGACUCUGACUGGAUGGAAGCUGAGUCCUGGGUCAACGAACCUUUAGACAACCGGAACUCUCUGAAGUUCCCCAUUUCUCCUGGUAUCGUCAAGUACGGCACAGCGGAUGGAGAACACUACGACCAGCAACUUCGAUUGGUCAAGGCUCGUGUUGCUUGCAACUGA